AUGAAGCCCAGUGUUGUUCUGCAUGCCCUAAACGACUCCACGGUGGCCGCAUUUGUUGACGACACGACGCCGUUCGAGAAAUGCAGCAAGGAAUGCUUCGACGAGCUCGACGUUGACGCCGACGGCGUGUUGUCGAGGGAGGAGCUCCGUUCUGGUUUUGGUAAUCUGCUGCCGGGAAUAGGGUACUUGUCUCAGCCCAAAGAGGAGUUGAAUAGUUUGCAUGAUGCGAUAUUCGAGAGGUUCGAUGCGGAUGGAAACGGCGUCGUUGAUAGGGGUGAGUUUAAGGAGCUGUUGAGGGAGAUCAUGCUUGGGGUGGCGCGUGGGAUUGGGGGGUCGCCGGUGCUGGUGGCGCUUGAGCAUGGCAGUCUGCUUAUGAGGGCGGCUCAACAUGAACAUGAACAGAAUACGAAGGAAUAG